AUGGCAUCUGCAGCUGUUGCAUCAGGUGAAAAGUUGAAGUCAACAAAGGUGUUUAAUAGUUUUUGUGUUUUAUUGCGUUUUACUUUACAGGAGAUGAUAGUUGCUUCCGAAAAUGCCCCUUUAAAGAAUCAGGUGGAAUUGGAAUUUGAGAUUCCAUUCCAUAGUGUCUUUGGUCGCAGAUCCUUGAAGAACGAUAGCUCUGAACAGAUCUAUGUCUUCUCUGGUAUGCUAGCCAACUUCAGGAAGAUCACCUUAUCAACCAAGUCUUUUCAAGAUUUGGUGAUAUUAGGCCUAAGCACAGACAAUAUCAGAAACCUACUGAUUUUGGAGGAUGGUGACGAAUGGUCGCCCCUUUCUAUUUCUGUUGACUCAGAUUCUGAGUCUGAAUCUGAUGAUGAUUUCAAUAUUAUGGCUGAUUGGAUUUUCAUGGAAGAUGAGAUUAAUAAUCUUGAAGAGAAUGGUGUCAACAUCUCUGAUAGAGAAAAGUCUGAUCAAUUCUUGCAGAUUUCGGUAUUAGAAUAA